AUGAGGAAGCUCAUGAUAGUGCCCCUGUUGCUGGGCGUGUUGCCUCAUAUCGCUCAUGCCAAGAUUUGCUUGAUGAUGUACCAGUUGGCCGACAACGACUUGGAGCACUUUAUUCGACAAGACUAUGUAGAAUUGGUGUCUUCUCCAGUGGCUCGAGGUGAAGAUUUGAGACUGUGGGUCUACUAUGAUGCCUUAAAUGGAGAUACUCUUCCAUACACCCUGGACGCAAAUGAUAGCCCCGUUGGCGCCUUCGCUGGAAGUCGCUACAUUCUCUAUGAUAGAUCUGUUGGGUAUGCACGUGUGGUCCGUCAAUUUGACACUGAGAUUGAUUCCAAUGCAGUCGAUACCAUCCAGACAUUUUUGGAAACUGCCAUGAGGGAUUGCCUGGAUAAUGGGUAUGAAAGUCUAAUGGCUGUCUUUUCCUCCCAUGCUGGUGGAUUCUAUGGAUAUGGUGGAGAUUGGAACCCAGGAAGACGGGAGCUCCAAGCUGUCCCUCAGACCAAUCAAAACAUUGCUUUUGCUAUUAAGAGUGCCUUGGACAAUGCUGCUGGAGGCCGCAAACUGGAUGUCCUUGGUUUUGAUGCCUGCAACAUGAUGGCUUUUGGAGCAGCGGAUGAUUAUGGAGCGGCUGAUGUUGCAGUUUAUUUGUUGGCCAGUGAAGCACUGGAGCCAGGACACGGCUGGGCGUACCAGUACCUAAACAAUGCUCCCAAUGCUCUGACUCUUGCUCAAGAGGUAGUUUCUACAUUUUUGGGCCAGACUCAGGGCAGGGCCCAUCAGGCACCAAAGACCUUGGCCAUUUUGGAUCUCCAAAAGUUUUUUACUUUCUUGGAAGCUUUUGAAGACUUUAUGGGGCUGUUCCUUCCGGCUCUGCAAGCAGGUGAUGUUACACUCCAUACUUCUGCAGCAAGAUCCAGAACUAGUGCUGUUUCCUACGAAGGAACACUGGAUUCUCUUGGUGCCCGCCAGCCCACCAGUAUGGAUAUUGGGAGUUGGAUGGCUUUCCUGGCUCAUCUUUGCAAUCCUGUAGGUGAGCUGGGUACAAGUUUUCAGAUGGCCCAGAGUGCCUACACAGACAUGUUCGUUACUUCUGGCAAUGGUCCUGGCACAGCUGUGGGCACGGGUAUGCAUGUUCUCUGGCCCCAGCAGCAUGUCUACAACGCACAAAAGGCAACCUUUGAUGUCAUCCUCUUCGGUAGCUCCACUUAUUCCACCCUUGCUGCUCCAAACUUCCGAGCCUUUUUGCAGUGGUUCCUUGCAAACCCAAACCCGGGAACCCAAUGCUCUCUCAUCUACGACGAUACGGGGACACUCAACCUGGGGACUAAUCAAUUCGAAGUCACAGCUGAAAUUGGACCUGAGGUUGAUGAUGUGACUGUUGAGUAUGCCAUUGACCUCAGUACUCCCCUCAAGCCCCUUCUUGAAUCACGUGGCCUCACACCCAACAGUGAUGAAUACUUGUAUCUCAAAGGUGGUGAUUUGAAAGGUGUCUUUCAGGGAUCCACAUUUUCCACCAGCUGGGAUCAGAAUUUCUACUUUCUGAACGUCAGUUUCAAUGACCAGCUUGAGGCUCUCAACGCUGGCGUUAACGACGGAAGCGAAGUUUCCAAACGCAUUCAAGACUUUAGCGACACUGCCCAGUUUGAGGCGCUCUAUGUUGUUGAUGUAGGCGACGGUGCUAGAAGAAUUCCUGUAAUGUAUUUCCCAGAAGACAAGCGCGAAGCAGCCUCCAAACUUGGCUUUGUCGACUACUUACUCUUUGAUGCUGAUUACUGGUUUGGGCUGGGGGCGGUCUACAGCUAUCUGGUAUUCUCCGUCAAUGAGACGGUUGGGCGAAUCAAUGACAACCUUGCACUCUACAUCAAUGAUGGAAAUACAUAUUUUGAACAACCAAGGGAAAAUGGUGGUGUGCUGAUGCCACUGGUGCAGAUUGAUGCUUACAUUCAGGAGCGCAACCUGACCCUCCUUCCUGGAGGCUUCAACCAAACCAUCAUCGAGUGGACCACGGAACUCAACUACAACAUCCUCACAACCAACACGUCUCAGGUCGUGAACCUCAUCCCUUCUGCGGAUGCAGUCACGGUGAAUGUGUAUGCAUCUGAUUUUGGAGACCCAAAUAGGGAACGCGAAGUCCGUAAUUAUGAUGUCUACCGCCCCAGCCGUACUUCGUCCACAGGCGGUCAACCCGAGUUCGAAGAGACUCCUACGACUGCUACUACUUCCACCACCGAAAAAAACAGCUCGGGUUGUUUCAACGGAAUGCUCCAACUCACAAACGGUCUCUUUUUGGCAGCCUUGGGCCUUUUUGCAACUUCGAAGUGGUAG